GUUUAUUUCAAAAACAAGCUGAAGUUGGCACUCAUUGGCCAGAGCCUCUUUGGACAAGAAGUUUAUAGCCACCUCCGCAAAGAGGGCCACCGAGUAGUAGGGGUGUUCACAGUUCCAGACAAGGAUGGAAAAGCUGACCCUCUGGCUUUGGUGGCAGAGAAAGAUGGGACCCCUGUGUUCAAGUUCCCUAAAUGGCGAGUCAAGGGCAAGACCACCAAAGAGGUGGCAGAGGCCUACAGAUCCGUGGGUGCAGAGCUCAAUGUACUCCCUUUCUGCACUCAGUUCAUCCCCAUGGAUAUAAUUGAUAGUCCAAAGCAUGGCUCUAUCAUCUAUCACCCAUCCAUCCUGCCCAGGCACAGAGGAGCCUCUGCUAUCAACUGGACUCUAAUUACGGGAGAUAAGAAAGCUGGGUUUUCUGUUUUCUGGGCUGAUGAUGGCUUGGAUACAGGACCCAUCCUUCUUCAGAGAUCAUGUGAUGUUGAACCCAAUGAUACAGUGGAUACUCUUUAUAAUCGGUUUCUUUUUCCUGAAGGAAUCAAGGCCAUGGUAGAAGCUGUCCAACUCAUAGCCGAUGGAAAAGCUCCUCGUAUUCCCCAGCCAGAAGAAGGAGCAACAUAUGAAGGUAUCCAGAAAAAGGAAAAUGCUGAGAUUUCUUGGAACUGGUCUGCUGAAGUUUUACAUAAUUGGAUUCGAGGUCAUGAUAAAGUCCCUGGAGCCUGGACAGAGAUAAAUGGACAGAUGGUCACUUUCUAUGGCUCGACAUUACUGACUAGCUCUGUGCCUCCUGGAGAACCACUGGAAAUUAAAGGUGCCAAGAAGCCUGGUCUCAUUACCAAAAAUGGACUUGUUAUUUUUGGUAACGAUGGAAAAGCACUAAUGGUGAGAAAUCUGCAGUUUGAAGAUGGAAAAAUGAUUCCUGCCUCUCAGUACUUUUCAGCGGGUGAGACGUCAGUGGUAGAACUCACAGCUGAAGAGGUGAAGGUGGCGGAGACCAUCAAGGUCAUCUGGGCUGGAAUUUUAAGCAAUGUCCCUGUUAUUGAAGACUCAACAGACUUCUUUAAAUCUGGAGCAAGCUCAAUGGAUGUUGCUAGGCUGGUGGAAGAGAUCAGACAGAAAUGUGGUGGGCUUCAGUUGCAGAAUGAAGACGUCUAUAUGGCCACCAAGUUUGAAGACUUUAUCCAAAAGGUCGUGAGGAAACUGAGAGGAGAAGAUCAAGAGGCGGAGCUGGUUGUAGAUUAUGUUUCAAAGGAAGUCAAUGAAAUGACAGUAAAAAUGCCAUACCAGUGUUUCAUAAAUGGACAGUUCACAGAUGCAGACGAUGGAAAGACUUACGACACUAUCAACCCAACGGAUGGAUCUAUAAUAUGCAAAGUAUCCUAUGCUUCUUUGGCGGAUGUUGAUAAAGCAGUAGCAGCAGCAAAAGAUGCUUUUGAAAAUGGCGAAUGGGGAAGAAUGAAUGCAAGAGAAAGAGGAAGACUGAUGUACAGACUUGCAGAUCUACUGGAAGAGAACCAAGAAGAGCUGGCAACCAUUGAAGCCCUUGAUUCAGGGGCUGUCUAUACCUUGGCUCUGAAGACUCACAUUGGAAUGUCUGUGCAAACAUUCAGAUAUUUUGCUGGCUGGUGUGACAAAAUCCAGGGUUCUACUAUUCCAAUUAACCAAGCCCGUCCAAAUCGCAAUCUGACCUUCACCAAGAAAGAACCACUCGGCGUCUGUGCCAUUAUUAUUCCCUGGAACUACCCGCUGAUGAUGCUGGCCUGGAAGAGCGCAGCGUGUUUGGCAGCAGGCAACACCUUAGUGCUCAAGCCUGCACAGGUCACACCCUUGACUGCUUUGAAGUUUGCAGAGCUGUCUGUGAAAGCAGGCUUUCCAAAGGGGGUCAUCAACAUCAUUCCGGGCUCAGGUGGCAUAGCAGGACAACGUCUGUCUGAACAUCCUGACAUCCGCAAACUGGGUUUCACUGGUUCCACACCUAUUGGCAAACAGAUCAUGAAAAGCUGUGCUGUGAGCAACUUGAAGAAAGUUUCCCUUGAGCUUGGUGGCAAGUCUCCACUUAUAAUAUUUAAUGACUGUGAACUUGACAAGGCUGUGCGAAUGGGCAUGGGGGCAGUGUUUUUCAACAAAGGAGAGAACUGUAUUGCUGCUGGGCGGUUGUUUGUGGAAGAAUCCAUCCACGACGAGUUUGUGACAAGAGUGGUAGAAGAAAUUAAAAAGAUGAAAAUUGGUGAUCCACUUGACAGAUCCACUGAUCAUGGGCCCCAAAAUCAUAAGGCCCAUCUGGAAAAGCUGCUGCAAUACUGUGAAACUGGAGUGAAAGAAGGGGCCACUUUGGUGUAUGGGGGAAGACAAGUCCAAAGGCCAGGCUUUUUCAUGGAACCAACUGUGUUCACAGAUGUGGAAGACCACAUGUACCUUGCCAAAGAAGAAUCCUUUGGGCCUAUUAUGGUCAUUUCUAAAUUCCAAAAUGGGGACAUCGAUGGAGUGUUGCAGCGAGCAAAUAAUACAGAGUAUGGUUUGGCCUCAGGGGUUUUUACAAGAGACAUAAACAAAGCUAUGUAUGUGAGUGAAAAACUAGAAGCAGGAACUGUUUUUAUUAACACAUACAACAAGACAGAUGUGGCGGCCCCAUUUGGCGGAGUUAAACAAUCUGGCUUUGGAAAAGACUUAGGUGAGGAAGCUCUAAAUGAAUAUCUUAAAACCAAGACAGUGACGCUGGAAUAUUAGAGCAACACCAUCAUCAGGAAAGCCUUCACAGACAGCGCUUUUCAACUCUGGACACUCUUAAGAAGCCUGGGUGUGCUGAGGCAGGAGGUGUCAGCCACAAACCAAAGAACACAUGGAUGGACCAUGACGAGGGUCAGGCCAUACCAAAACACUGACACUCAUGCCUGAGCAUUUUCUAAUACACUGUCCAGUGAUUUGAAGUUCUUAGGAUUUGACUAUACUGUAUAUCAUACGUAUUUCUUAAAAAAACCAAGCUGCUUUUCCCCUACCGAGACAAAUCUAUUCAUGGUUUCCAUCUUGAAGAUGUCAGUACCAUGCAGUUAUAAUACACAAGGUGCAUUUAUUGGAAACUUUGUAUAAUAUGUACAGGUUUUUAACCUCUGAACCAUACAUAGGGGAGUUAUUAAACAGAUUUUCUGUAAGUCUGCUUCUAAGGAACAGUAUAACCUGGAAGGAAUGUGAAGGUAGUUCUUUUUUAGUAUUUGGAAAAAGAUACAUCUUUGUGCCUUUGAUGUUCUAUUUUUUAACCCACUGUGAUGGGUGAUCAACAUGUUUUGAGCACCUACUAGGUACAAGGCGUUGUGUUCUGAGGAGUAUACAGAAUUUAAUGACAUGAUGGUUGGCCCUCACAUAGUUUAAAUUUUAGUAAAUAGCUUUUGAAGUGGAUUUUAUGUAUGAUAUAGUAGAAAAUAAGUAGGCUUUGAAGGCUGAUCCUGGUUCGUCUCAUACCAUCUUAGUAUCUAUGUGAUUCUGGGAAACUUGCCACUCCUCUGAGCCUCUGCUUCCCUAUGUGUAAAACAGGGAUAGUAAUGCUUUCCUCAGGACCCUUAAUAGGAGAAUUCUUGCAAUAAUGUAAGUAAAGCAUCUCACAUUAAUGCUUUGCUCAUGGUAAGUACUCACAUUUAACUGUUUUCCUCUGUCAUUAUUUUUAAAAGAUACUGAGAUAGUUUAAUUAACUAGAUGAAUUCAUUUCCCCCAACCCUCUUCAAUCAUCAAUUCCUAGACGAUUUUUCUCAUCCAUUGUUCCGACACACUGCCUGAUACAGCAGCACUGAAAAAUGCCACGUAAUGAAAAAUGGCAAUGGCACAAGGAAAAGGGGUGCUUUUUUUUGGGCAGCUUGCUCGUCCUUCAUGGGACGUCUUACUUUCCAUUUUUCCACCUAUUGGUUCUGCUGCUCGUUGGCUAUGUGAUCUUGGGCAAGAUAGUAAUCUAGUAUCUCAGUGCCUAGGUUGAGUAUAAAAUGAGAAACAAAUCUCCAUCUCAGUAGGUAUUGCAAGGAUUCGGUGAAAUAAUAUACAUAAUGCACUUAACAGGGUGUUUGGAUCAUAGCGUUGAAGAAAUGGAAACUAUUAACAGCCCAUUUCCCGUUGGGAGACAGAAGUAGUCAGGUGAGUACAUUUUCACCAUCUAUGUGUGACCAGAAGAAGGCACAUUUUGGAAUCACAGCAGUUUCCAGAAGAUAGCCAGAGAAAUGACAUUCUAUCAAUCCUCCUUUAAAAAUAAAAUUUCAGUCAACAUUCCUUUUUCUUUGGUUUUGAAGAUGCCCUUAGGGAAUAUUUGUCAUUUUGGAGACUUGGCAGUAUAACAUGAGGGGACUGUAGAGAAUCAAUAAAAAAUAAACAGCAAAAUCAGAGGCAGAGAACAUUUUCAAAGGGAAGAAUAGCAAGUUUGAUUCCAGCACGAUAAAGAGAGUAAACUUGGCCUGGCAGCACUUUUUAUUAUACUAUAACUCAUUUACCAUCCCAGAGUUUGGCACAGCUGAAAUUCUAAGUUGAAAUGAAUAUUCACAGGGCCCAAGAUGACAGUUCAUAUUUAAAUAAAAGUGACAAAAGCCGUUUUAUAAGCAAUCACUUUGAAGUGAAAUGUUUUAACUAAUUUCAUGUGAUUUAGAAUAUGAUUUAAUAAAAUCAUGUUAAUGAUAGAUGGAGUGGCAGACAAAAACAUGCCUGUUCUUCUAGGCUGAUAUUACUUUAGCUUCUAAUAUUCAUCUCAGUAGCAGCGUUUAAAAUAUUCUCUGGGCUGCAAAACUCUUUGGGAAUCUGAUAAAAGCUAUGAACUCUUUACGUCCCACUUCGACCCCCAAAUUCAUGUGCACACACAGAAUUCGCAAAUAUCUUUAAGGGGUUCAUAGACCUCCCAAAGGCCAUGCUGGGGCCCCAGAUUAAGAACUCCUUUCUCCAUAGCAAGUUCUAAACAUUUCGUACCAGCUUACAUUUUUAUAUCUGGCUGAUCAGAAUCAAAGGCUCAGUGUAAUACAUGAAGUUACCAAGUGAACUGGAAUUGGAACAUCACAAUCCCCAGCCUGCUGGGUGAUUUAAUUAACACACAGAGUAAUAAAAUCAUCACUCUUGCUUCAGAUCACAGAUUAUUUUGCUAAGCUAAAGGAUGAAGCUGUGAUCUUAGUACCACGUGAGUCGGGAGGUGUGAACACUAAAGCAUUUCCACUUUCCUUCUAAUUCCCCAUCCCCAUGCCUUUGCUAAAGCUGUCCCUUUUUGCUCUAACACCCUUCCUGGCCUUUCCUACCCCUAGCUGGGCUAAGUGUCUCUCCUCAACGCUCCCACUUGUCUCAAACAUAGCACUUAUCACUUGGUACUAAAAUUACUUGCCUUCCUAACUAGAUAUGAGCAACACUCCCCGACUCCAGGACGGGCCUUCUGUCAAUAAUACAACAGCUACCAUUUAUUGAGCACCUCCUAUGUGCAAGACCUUAGGCUAAGCAUGUUUUAAAUGCCAUUUAAUCUUCACAAUGUCUGAAAAAAUGAAGAUGCUGAGGUGCUUCUCUUACUACCUCUCCCCCUAAGCCAUCUUACCUCUUUUUUUUUGAGAUGGAGUUUUGCUCUUGUUGCCUAGGCUGCAGUGCAGUGGUGCAAUCUUGGCUCACUGCAACCUCCGCCUCGGGUUCAAGCAAUUCUCAUGCCUUAGCUUUCCAAGUAGCUGGGAUUACAGGCGUGUG